AUGGCGACCGUCAAUGACCCUUCCAGGCCCGAGGGCAACGAGAGCGACGAGAAGCCCCAGCUCAGCUCCCGCGAAUAUCAGGACUCCGAAGGCUACAUUGCGGACGCCAACGCUGAUAGCCGGGGCGAUCUCAAGACAGCAAAGGAUGGACACACGGUCCUCAUACCCCAGCCUUCCGACGACCCCAACGAUCCUUUGAACUGGAGCACCACCAAGAAGCAUGUCAUUCUCUUCAUCAUUAGUUUUGCAGCACUGCUGCCCGACUAUGGCAGCGCCGUAGGUGCUGUCACGCUGAUUCCGCAGGCAAUGAUAUGGAACAUGACUCCAGACACUGUCAACCACUCGCAGGUCGGCAACGUGUUCAUGCUGGGAGUAGGCGGCAUCGUUACUGUCAUCUUUUCUGCUUGGGCGGGCCGCCUACCGGUCCUCUUCUACUUCCUGAUCAUCGCCACCCUUACAGCUGCAUGGUGCGCAGCCGCGACUUCAUUCGAAUCCUUCAUGGCCGCUCGUAUUCUCAAUGGCUUCUUCAGCACGGUGGCACAAGGUGGUGGUCUCAUGUUCAUCUUUGACAUGUUCUUCUUCCACGAGCGCGCCCGAAAGAUCAACAUAUGGGCUGCCUUCUUCAUUCUCUCUCCCUACUUUGGCCCCUUGAUCGCCGCGUUCAUUCUCACGACGGAGCCGUGGCCGAUCGCAUUCUGGGUGUACUUUGUCAUGACCGCCCUUGCGCUCUUCGCGACAGCACUAUUUGUCGAAGAGACAUACUACGACCGCCGCAUCCCAGUUGCCGACCAACCCGCACGGGGCUCCCGCAUCGCACAGGUGACCGGCAUUGCGCAAUUCCGCUCGCGCCAUCUGCGCGCCACGAUAGGCGAGGCUUUCAUGCGGUCCGUCCGUACCAUCACACGCCCGACCCUCCUGCUUUGCUGCUUCUACUACAUGCUCACCUUUGCGUGGGUCGUCGGAAUCAACACGACCUUGUCCAUCUUCGUCACCCCGCUGUACGGGUUCGGCCCGAAGCAGAUCGGCUUCUUCUACUUCACGCCCGUCGUGGCCGCGAUCCUGGGCGAGAUUAUUGGACACUGGCUGCACGACAUGAUUGCAAAGUGGUACAUCAAGAAGCACAACGGCCACUUUGAGCCCGAGGUCCGCCUGACGGCCAUAUUCUUCAGCACGCCGUUCAUGAUUGCGGGGCUCGUCGGGCUCGGAUUCGCGCUCCAGGACGCGUAUCAUUUCAUGGUCACGGCCGUGUUUUGGGGGCUGUACGUCUUCGGCAUCAUGGUCACCACUGUUGCGCUCAACGCGUACAACUUGGACUGCUAUCCGACCGCCAGUGGUGAGGUGGCGGCCUGGCUGAACAUGUCUAGAACCCUGGGUGGAUUCAUAAUUAGCUACUUCCAGGUCACAUGGGCCGAGGCGCAAGGCACCAAGAUCAGCUUCGGCGUGCAGGCGGCCAUAUGCGCGUUCGCGUUCCUCAUCCUCCUCAUUGUCCUCGUCUUUGGAAAGAAGCUUCGGGCCAAGAGCGGGCCGCUCAACUUCUCGACUGUUUGAGCGCGUGGAUAGGAAUCAAGGACGGGUUUGGUGCUGUUUCACCUGUGCUAGCUUUUUGUUUGUCUGUGCCGGCUUCGGUUGAAUCAAUCGUGGCCUAACGCAAGCAAAAUGGGUAUGCGCACAUAAGCAGU